AAAGGAAGGCGAGCUCAACAUCGUCUUCGGAGACAGAAACUACCGAGAGUGACACUUCUACCUCUGAGUCUGAGGCUCAAGAAGACUCGGAGGAUUCGGGAAUUAAACACCCCGGCAAAAAGGGGAAAAAAAUGGACUCAAGAAAAAGAAAGCAGAGGGAAGAGGAGUCGGAUUCUGAUUCAGAAUCUGAAUCUGAACCAAGUGACGAGAGCGAAGAAUCAUUGCCUGCGGAGAAGGAGAAGAAAAAGAAAGAAACAAAAACAACUCCAAAAGAAACACCACAAAAAAAGAAAAAAGUAGUUGUGGAGGAUUCACCUCCUGAAGAAGAUCAAUACUUUGACGGUGAGACAUAUGAAAUAUCGAGUGACGAACUCGAUGAAUGGCUAGGGGAAAACGUUCGUAAAUCUGCUGCAGAGGGGGACAACCAGCCUGACCUGGGAUCGACAGAAGAUCGCUAUGUGUCCUCUGAAACCUUUUGUUCUAUAUGUAUCUAUAUAUGUGUCUAUAUGUAA